AUGGACCAACCACAGCCGUGUCUCCGAGGCAGGCCGCACGGCCAGACAGCUGCGCGCGCGUGUUAUAUUGCGGGGGUUGUUUCCAUAUUGGCCUGUAUGGCCGGCCUGAUCGUCGCCGUAGCCAUGCGCCACGGUGAGAGCAAGCGUCUGCAGCCCGAAGGCAACAUCCAGGCACGAUAUCUGCCAGAACCGGGGCCGCUCGACAGCAGUGACAUGCGCAAGGGCCCGGGUGGGCCUUGGUCUGAUGGGCAGUAUGCCUAUUACUGCGGUAACUUUCGCACCGGCCAACCGGGGACCAUCCGCCUUGGCGCCGCCUCGUUGAGGGCAGCCAACGUGUCGGUCGUGGCCCCUGCCGGCGGCUGUCUGCGCGUCUUCUGCUCGGACACCAGCGCCGUGUAUGUGUGUAACGACAGGAACGAUGUGUCGCAGACGCUGUGCGGCUACGACAUCGCCUGGAUGGCCGAGCGUCUCGGGCUACUCUGCUGCGACGCUAACCACGGCCGAUCGGCCCAGCUCUUCCACCCAACAGACCGGUGGAACACAGUGAUCGGCUACGGCAACUGCCGGCACGCGGCCGACGAGACGCCGGCGUCGUUUGGCGUCGGCAACGGCGGCGUCAACGGCGACUGCGUGCCCAACGAAAGCCUGACUGGGACGCCAGGUCGCAUCGUGAGACCGGAGGACGAAGGACCAGGAGAAGAGCGAGAGUAG